AUGGGAAAAGAAGUGAUGCAAUCACUUUCUGUUUUGAUGGGAAGAAAUGCAUCUCAGCUGAAGGCUGAAGCUGAAUGCGUGAAGGAAACGUUGGUAAUGGGAAAGGACAUAUGUUGCCUUAAGAACAGCCGAGCAUGUUCUCUGAGGGAUCUUUUGGCAGCUAAUCACUUAACAGUGAUGGAUGUUCUUGCUCGUUUUCAACUAAAAAGAUCAUCAGCUAGUCUAAUAAUUUUGAAUAAUGGGGAACAAAUCAAACCUGGUUCAAAUCAGGGAUUGCAAGCUCACUGUCCAGUUGAGGGCAAUGGUAAGAUUGAAAAUGGUGCGAGCUCUAGUCAGAAUCCUGAGAACCUUGAGCAUCCAGUUUUGCUGUCUACAUCUCAACCAGUGCCAAAUAACUUGGGGAUAAGGAAAAACUAUAAAAGGGCAGCAAACAGAGGUAAAAAAGGUUCCCAAGGACUAAUAGGUCAAGCAUAUACUUUGAGGUCAUCUGAUAAUGAUGUCAGGGUGCUUCACUCCACAUCAAGUUCAAAGAUCACACCUACCGAGCAUGUACAGACUCCAGUACAACCGGCUGCCAAGAGAAGAAAAAAGAGCAGAGCCUCAAACAAAAGUUCCACAGAUGAGUUCUCACAAAUUCGUAAACGGUUUAGAUACAUUUUGAACCGAAUGAAUUAUGAGCAAAGCCUAAUUGAAGCUUAUGCUAGCGAAGGCUGGAAAAAUCAAAGUUUGGAUAAGAUAAGACCUGAGAAGGAGCUUGAACGGGCCAAAUCAGAAAUCUUACGAUGCAAAUUGAGAAUACAGGAAGUCUUCCAGAAUAUUGAUUCUCUUCUCUCAAAGGGGAAAAUUGACGAAUCUUUAUUUGAUUCUGAAGGAGAAAUAUCUUGUGAAGAUAUCUUUUGUGCCACUUGUGGUUCGAAAGAUUCUACAUUGGGUAAUGAUAUCAUUCUCUGCGAUGGAGCUUGUGACAGAGGGUUCCACCAGAACUGUUUAAAUCCUCCUCUGCGUACUGAAGAUAUCCCCAUGGGAGAUGAAGGAUGGCUCUGCCCAGCAUGUGAUUGCAAGAUAGACUGUAUAGAUCUAAUAAAUGAUCUCCAGGGGAGUGACCUCUCCAUCGAGGACUCUUGGGAGAAAGUUUUUCCAGAGGCAGCUGCUAUGGCAAAUGGCUCUCAGCAAGAUGACGCAUUUGAUCUUCCAUCAGAUGACUCGGAUGACAAUGACUUUGACCCCAAUAUGCCUGAAGAGCAUGUGGUCAGUAAGGAAGAAGGAUCGUCUGAAGACGAAGAGGAUGAGGAUGGAGGAUCAGACUCUGAUGACUCAGACUUUUUGACCUGUUCUGAUGAUUCGGAACCUUUGAUGGACAAGAAGGUUGAUGACCUCGGGUUACCUUCUGAAGAUUCAGAGGAUGAUGACUAUGAUCCAGCAGAUCCUGAUUCGGAUGAAGAUGUCAAAAAGAAGUCAAGUUCUGAUGAGUCUGACUUCUCAUCUGACUCGGAUGAUUUUUGUAAGGAGAUUGCAAAAUCUGGUGGACAUGAUGAAGUUUCAUCACCUCCAUUACCUGAUGACAAGGUGGGUGAUAUGGAAAAGAGCACUGCUCAGGCUAACACAGCAAGUUCUGCUGAUGACCCUAUGGAGACUGAAAUAGACCAGAGUAUGGUUUUACCAGUUUCAAGGAGACGGCAGGCUGAACGGUUGGACUACAAAAAGCUGUAUGAUGAGGCAUACGGUGAAGCAUCAUCUGAUUCUAGUGAUGAUGAAGAAUGGUCUGGGAAGAAUACACCAAUAAAAUGCAAUGAAGAGGGUGAAGCUGAUUCUCCUGCAGGAAAAGGCUCCAGAGUUGUGCACCAUAAUAAUGGACUGACUACACAAAGCACUAAAAAAAGCUUGCAUUCUCUUCAUGGUUCAGUAGAUGAGAAACAUGGAGAUCUUACUUCUAAUGGCAGCAACAGCACAGCUAGGAAAGGACAUUUUGGUCCAGUAGUUAAUCAGAAGCUACAUGAACAUUUUAAGACACAACAAUACCCUAGUCGUUCUGUUAAAGAAAGCCUGGCAGAAGAACUAGGGUUAACAUUUCGUCAGGUUAGCAAAUGGUUUGAAUCUAGGCGUCAUUUCGCAAAGGUUGCUUCUUCCAGGAAAGGCAUCAGUCCAGAUAAGCAUUGCCCUGAAAAUACUAAUAGCCCAGUGACACCUAGUGUGCAACCUAAAGAACCUGAGUGGACUGUGAUGGAAGAAUCUAAUGUAUCCAUAAACAGGGAUGCCACCAUCUCUAAAAAAGCGGUCUCUUCAAAGGUUGGAUCAAGAAAGAACCUUGGCAAGAAUUUCCCUGGAAGUGAUGUGGGAGGGUCAAAAGUUGAUUCUGCCAAGGAUCAGAAUCCGGGGCCUGACCUUGCAGAGAAGGCAAGGCAAAAAGCAGUACAGCAGGAGUUGAAGAAGAAGAAAAUGGGACGAUGA